AUGACACCUCAAAUAGAGACAUUUAUCAACGCCUUUUCCCGCCUUUUAGGAUGGGCAUACAUGCUCUGCUGGUCGGGGUCUUUCUAUCCGCAACCCAUCACCAACUGGAAACGCAAGUCCACAGUCGGCUUAUCCAUUGAUUUAUCCACUAUCAAUCCUCUGGGCUUUGUCUGCUAUGCGAUAUAUACCGCCGUGUUUCUCUACUCGCCCGUCAUUCGAUCACAGUAUGCGGCCCGACACCCUGCGGCCAUCGAACCCACCGUCCGGUUCAAUGAUUUCGCAUUUGCGGCCCACGCGGUGAUAAUGUGCAUCAUAAUGUACACACAGUUCUGGCCUUUCAUCUGGGGGCUUCACGUUCCUCGCUUCCAAAGAGUCAGUUGGACAAUGGCAGGGCUCUUUUGGGGAUCUGUCCUGACUCCUCUGCUGGUUAUGGCUGUUGUGUUAGCGCAAAGUCCGGAUGGAGGGUAUGAUCCUUCCAGUUGGGCGUGGAUUGAUGUGAUCUACUCGUUUUCGUACAUCAAGCUCCUGAUCACCAUUGUGAAAUAUAUGCCUCAAGUGGCGUUGAACUACAAGCGCCAAUCUACAGUAGGAUGGAACAUUGGGACCAUCCUUUUGGACUUGGCUGGUGGUGUUCUUUCGAUGCUCCAACUGGUUCUUGACUCCAGCCUUCAACGCGACUGGAGCGGUAUUACUGGAAACCCGGUAAAGCUACUGCUGGGUAACGUUACAAUCUUCUUCGAUGCGAUCUUUUGUAUCCAACACUACGUCUUAUACCGAGAUCCCCCUGAUCUGAAGGGAACACCUGGUCCGGGCGAGCAAACGCCCCUCUUGGUUGGACAAGACGAUGCUGUGGAAGCUCGGGUAUGA